CGGUAGUAGCACAGUACCUCUACGGAACUGUGAGCACUUUUAGGCCCUCUAUCGGUGAUUGCAUGAUAAUAAAAAUGGCAGCCUCCAUGCGAGUCAUGUUUCAGCACAAUGUCAACAAGUUUUUGCUUACUCCCGCAUCAUGGAGACCAGUUGCAAGGACACUGAAUGUAUCUUAUGCCCACAGUAGCAAGGCAGAUGAAGAUUCGUCUAUUGACAAAAAUCCCCUCUACGAGAAAUACGCAGACAAGUUAAAGAAAUUGCAGAGUUCUAACCCUGAGGAAUACCAAAGACGUCUUCAUUUGAUGAGAGAAUCUGUAAAGAAAAAGGAAGAUGUCACUCAAGAGCAAACUCCCACACUAUCAGAUCAGCCAAGGCCAAAGUUAAUGUCUGGAACCAGUGGAGAAGAGAAGGGAUUGGACUCUGUGGUCAAGGUAGAUCUACUAAGAAAACAUUCUGCAGAAGAAAUAACAGAGAUAUGGAAAGGCUUCCACCGUGAAAAGGAUUUCAUUUGCGCAGUCAUACCUAAAGAAACCUAUGCUAAAAUACAGCAGAAGGCAAAAGAGUUUCCUAUGUUCCUGUAUCCACUACCUAGGGAUGAAGGGUAUGAGUUCUUCUUUGCCCAAUUCUUCAUUGACAGCUGUUACUUCACCUCGGUCAUUAAUUAUCAGGCAUACCAAGAAAAUGCUCCAGCUCUUCUGACUCUCACUCACUACACCGAGCUACAAGAAGAAAAAGGAAUUGUACUGAUGAGGGGAGAGUUGGACACAAAAUAUUUGACCGUUCAGCAAGCCCAGUUCUUUGCCAAUGAAGUCCAGCUCUACUAUGCUUCAGAUGAUGCAGACAGAUUGCGGUUGCUAAGGGCUUUCAACAAGAGACCAGCCGAUUUUAAGCAUGCGGACCUGAUAGAUCAGCUAUCAAACACAACCGUCAACUUGAGCUAACUAACUUUAAUCGAGACAAUUGAGAGAUUUUUGGAUGAAAAGUAUUCCAAAGACAAAAAGGCAACUUGUAAUGGUGAUAACAAUCUUCAAGUAUUUCAACGAUGACAUAUUUUCAGUUUGAUGCAGAUGGAAUGUGUUUUCUAAGGAACUAUAUUGUACAGAAAGAGAAAUUAACUGAUUUCAAAUAUAUGAUCCUGAUAGAUCAGCUCUCCAAAACGUGAGUCGACCUGAGUUUGCCAGACUCGUUGAACAACAAAGAGAUGUUCUGUUGCACCGACAAGGUUUUAAGACAGAAGGAGAUGACCUUCAUUGUGAGAUGUGAUGUAUAAUGGAUGUCCAAAACAAAAGAUUUCAACAAGAGACCAGGGACCCGUUUCACAAAGCCUUUUUUCAAUGACAAAUGACAGAUAACCACUCAGAAGCAAGGAUUUCAGUAGCUUACACCAUAGACCUACCACCAACAAGAGGGCAUAGUCUCAAGCUUGCAAAGCCGAGGUGUAGGACAAAUGUAAGGAAGAACACAUUUAGUCACAGAGGGAUUGACGACUGGAACUCUCUGCCUGAAGUAGUAGUUCAGGCUCCCACCUUAGACGCCUUCAAAACCAGGCUUGAUCAUUGCUGGAAGGAACAGUGUCAUAUCUCUCAAUACUCGAACUGAUUUCUUUAAUUUCUUAAUUUUCUUUGCUCCUGGGACAAGAUGCAACCUCUUGCCCCUCUGCCUCCCUUGUAUAUACCGGUAAUGAGAAUUAUCAUUAAAG